AUGACAAAUAGCAAAAAUGUGGGAGAAGAAGAUUUAGCUGGUUUAAUUAGAUUGCUAACAGAAGAGAAAAAAGAUUUAGCUGGCUUAAUUAGAUCACAAAUAAAAAAGGAAGAUUUGGCUGGUUUAAUUAGACUGCUAAUAAAAAAGGAUGAUGAUGAUGAGGAAUGGGACGAGGAGGAUGAAGAAUGGGACGAGGAUGAAGAUGAUGAUGAUGAUGAUGAGAAAAGAGAAGAAGAGGAAGAGAAUGAUGAUGAUGAUUAUAAGAAAGAAGAUUUAAUUAGCAGCUUAAUUAGAUGGCGAAUAAAAAAAGAAGAGGAGAAAGAUGAUGAGAAAGGGGGGAAAAAAGAGGAUGUUGAUAAUGAUGAGGAAAAGGAAGAAGAGGAUGAGGAUGAUGAUGAG